UGUGGUUGGGUCCGUUAGUCCGUUAGGUGAUCAGGGUGGUGUGUAUCGAUCUAGUGAUAUAAUUGAAGUGACAUGUAAUGUAAAUGUAAAUGUCAAAGACAAGUCCAGAUUUUGUUCUAAUGCCUGUUUGCCUGUGCCUUCCUGCAAUCUGCGUUUGUGGUACUGUGGUUUUGUUGUUUUCAGUAAUGGCGAUGUGAACCUGACAUUUAGGUAAACAGGUGACCAGUUCAAGUACAGUAAUUGAUCUGUAGACGAUUUUAAAAUGGAAGAAACAGUGACAAGUUCACAGGGUGGAGAAUCUGAUAUGGAUUGUUCUGACAAUGAAUUUUAUGAUGAAUAUUAUUAUAAUAUGACUGAUGAUAUCGACAUUGAGCAAAUAGAUCCUCGGAAAAUUGAUCCUGAAUAUUUUGAAUGUAGUUGUCUCUUUGAAGAACAGGUAGACAGACUUUUGAAUGAAACUGUUGAAACUCUUAGUAAUGUUUUGCAAAUAUCUCCUUCUUUGUCAAAAGUCCUCCUGCACAGUCAUCAUUGGAAUGUAAAUGAGGUAACGAGAAAAUUUAAUGAAGAUCCUGCCCAAACCUUGAUUUUAUCACGAAUCGAACCAGCUACAGCUCCGAAUAGCUUGCUUUUGACUAGAUUCAACAACUGCCCUGUAUGUGUAACAACUCAGCCUAUAGAUAGAUUUUAUAGUUUAUCAUGUUCCCACAUGUUUUGUAAGGAUUGCUGGACUAUGCACUUUGAAGUACAAAUUAAUCAGGGGAUAUCAACUGGUAUUUCUUGCAUGGCUCGGGAUUGCAUAAUCUUGGCACCAGAAGAUUUUGUAUUGAAACACUUGCAACGUCCAACUAUGAGAGAAAAAUAUCAACAAUUCUCGUUUCAAGAUUAUGUAAAAUCUCAUCCUGAGCUGAGGUUCUGCCCAGGUCCGAAUUGUUCUAUUGUUGUUCAUAGUCAAGAAGUAAAGGCGAAAAGGGCCAGUUGCAAUCAAUGCAAAACCGUUUUUUGUUUCAGAUGUGGAUGUGAUUAUCAUGCUCCUACUGAAUGCCAAGUUAUAAAGAAAUGGCUGACAAAAUGUGCAGAUGAUAGCGAGACCGCAAAUUACAUAAGUGCACACACCAAAGACUGUCCAAAGUGCCACAUAUGUAUUGAAAAAAAUGGCGGCUGCAACCACAUGCAAUGCUACAACUGUAAACACGAUUUUUGUUGGAUGUGUCUGGGAGAUUGGAAAUCGCACGGAUCCGAAUAUUACGAGUGUUCAAGAUACAGAGAGAAUCCCAACAUUGCUCAUGAGUCUGUGCAUGCUCAGGCAAGGGAGGCACUGAAAAAAUAUUUGCAUUACUACGAAAGAUGGGAGAAUCAUUCAAAGUCAUUGAAGUUGGAAGAACAGACUUUGGAAAAACUGAGAACAAGAAUAAACCAUAAAGUGAUGUCAGGAUUAGGUACUUGGAUAGAUUGGCAAUAUUUAUUCACUGCUGCCAAUCUGCUAGCAAAAUGUCGAUAUACCUUACAAUAUACAUAUCCAUAUGCUUAUUAUAUGGAUGCUGGCUCUAGAAAAGAACUGUUCGAGUACCAACAAGCUCAACUGGAGGCCGAAAUUGAAAAUUUGUCCUGGAAAAUCGAGAGAGCAGAGACGACUGAUAGAGGCGACUUGGAAAAUCAAAUGGACAUAGCAGAAAAACGGCGUAUUACUCUUUUAAAAGACUUUUUAGAUGUGUGAUAUUUUGUAUAGAUUUACUUUAUUUAUUGAAUUUUCUAUUCGCAGUGUUGCCAACGUUUCAGCUCAUCUCAACAAUUUGACUGUGAUGAUAGCUCCACCAUUUAUGUGUCUCGAUAACACUGGAAAACCAAAGUGAAGCUUGUCGAGAAAUCCCCGAAAUUUUGACGCAGCUUUACAUAUCAUUUUAAUCAUGAAUUGCUAUUUCAAUUCCAAAAACUUUUUAUUCCAUUAUUUUUGGGAGUUUUAUAAAAUCUCAUCGAUAAUCUUUGAUUUGUUCACGGUUUCAAUCGUCUUGUCUCACCGAACUAUUAAAUAGAUUCCAAUAAUAGUUAUGUUUGAAUAUUUGGGAUUAGUAUCCUAGAUACUGUUUAUAUAAAAGUUUUAUUGUAUCUGGAUACUUUUGAAAAAUAUUGAAAUAUAACGAAAUAUAUAUAGAUCCAUUGUCAGAUUUGAAUUAGGCAAAAUCUCUCGCUACAUCUAAACAUGAAGCCAUUAGGCUUUACAGAGAAUAAACUCUUGAACAUUGCAGGUUUCAACUUAAAAUGGGCAGGUUCAUUUGAUAAAAAAUGGCAUUCAGGUGAGGUCUUUCCACUUUUUCGUAUUUGUAACAAAUGUUAGGCUUCAAUUUUAAUCUUUUUUCACUUUGUAAUCCAUAUUUUAAUAUAUUGGUGACAAAUUUUUGAAAUUUAAUUUUAUCCACAGAGUUUUUGAAUACUUUCGGUACUUAUUAUUAUACUAUUGUAUUGAAGGGUUUUAUGGCUUACAGUGUCACUACAUACAAUAUAUUUUUUAUUUUAGAUGCAGGAUUUUUGGAAUAAACAUUGUGUAAUUCUGUAGAUAUAGCAUCAGAAUUGUGCUUUAUUAAAUAUACUUAUAUCUCUGUAUGUUCAUGUACAACAAACAAUAUGAAGUGCAAAACUAGCUAUAAAUGAAUAUAAUUCUAUUUUACCGGUAAUAUGGUAUUCGUUCUGAUUUAUUUAUAAAGAAUUAUAUAGUAUAUUUUCUUCAUUUUUUUGUUAAGAUGCUCUGCCACAGUCCAAUUUGAAUGAGAUCUUUUGCCUCUUCAGCUUAAGUGGUGCUAAUGGGGUUAACAUAAAAAGUUGUACAAUAAUAAAUUCCCGAAUUUUUAUAUAUGUUUCAGUAUUAUUGUUUUUUUUAUGAUACCUCCAUUAGAUCGGCAUGUUUUUGUGUAAUAUUUCGAAAAAUAAUAAAAUAGUUAUAUUCUGG